UUGACAACCACUUCUUUUAACAAAACUACAAAAGGUUCAAAGUAAUUUGCCUUCUUUCCAUGACCCCAAAGUAAGAUCAAGAGGUUGAUAUCAAAAGGAAUUUGCCUUCUUUCCAUGUCUCGAUGAUUACCCUUGUGCUCCUUUCCUUGCUUAGCAGCAUAAUUAGCGAAGCUGCCCCAACUUACCAACACCACUACUGUUCAAACGAAACUUUCACCCCCAACAGCACCUACCAGUCCAACCUCAACCUCGUCCUCUCUUCCCUUUCCUCCAAUUCCUCCAUUGAAAGUGGUUUCUAUAACAUCACCGUCGGCCAAAACUCUUCCAACAACACAAUUUACGGCCUCUUUCUCUGCCGUGGCGAUGUCACCACCGAAGUCUGCCAAGACUGUGUGGCCACAGCUACCAAAAACAUAGUCCAACAAUACUGUCCUAGAGGAAUAUGGGUCGUGAUAUGGUAUGACAAGUGUAUGUUACGCUACUCAGAACCAAACUCCUUCUUUAUUAUGAAUGAUCCAAGUUUUUCUGAGUGUACGGACAACACCACUGCAGCUGAAUUAGAUGGCUUUAAUAAGCUACUAGCAACCGUGUUUGAUGACUUGGUGACACGAGCCCAAAGUGCUCAGCUAGGUGCUAAGAUGUUUGCUACGAAAGAAGCCAUGUUUUCUUCUUCUCUAACGCUGUAUAGCCUGGUUCAGUGCACGCCUGACCUCUCCAGCUUCGAUUGUAAUAAGUGUCUUCGGGGAGCAAUAGCAAACCUGCCGACUGAUUGUAAUGGAAAGCAAGGGGCUAUGGGUUUAUAUACUAGUUGUAAUGUUAGGUACGAUGUGCAUCCAUUUUACCGGAUCAAACCUUCACCACCCCUAGCACCGCCACCUCCAGCUCCACCAGGUUUGGUCACGAGAACCCAUAAUGGGAAAAGGCAAAGCUCAUCUGUAAGGAUCAUUGCCAUAGUUACAUCCAUUGCUGUCUCUGUGGUUCUAUUAACUAUGGUGUACUGCUUCUGCCGUAGGAAAUUGAAAAAGAAGUACAAGGCUAAGGAGGAAGAUGCUGCUAAGGAAAUUACAGCUGAAGAGUGUUUUAUAUUUGAUUUGGCUACACUUAAAGCUGCCACGAACAAUUUCUCAGAUGAAAACAAGCUAGGUAAAGGAGGAUUUGGUGUGGUUUACAAGGGCACAUUUCUGGGUGGCCAAGAGAUAGCGGUGAAAAGGCUCUCAAGUAGCUCUAAACAAGGUGUAGAAGAAUUUAAGAAUGAAGUUUCAUUGUUAGCUAAGCUUCAACAUAGAAAUCUAGUGAGGCUAUUGGGAUUUUGCUUGGAAGGAAAAGAAAAAAUACUGGUCUAUGAAUAUGUGCCCAACAAAAGCCUCGACUAUUUUCUAUUCGAUCCUAAUAAGCAAAGACUAUUAGAUUGGUCAAACCGAUACAAGAUUAUUGGUGGGAUUGCACGAGGGAUUCUUUAUCUUCAUGAAGAUUCUCGACUUAGAAUUAUACAUCGUGAUCUUAAAGCUAGUAACAUAUUGCUAGAUGAAGAGAUGAAUCCAAAAGUUUCAGAUUUUGGCAUGGCAAGAAUUUUCGGAAUUGACCAAACUCAAGAUAAUACUCACAAGAUUGUUGGGACAUAUGGUUAUAUGCCUCCAGAAUAUGCGAUACGUGGAUUAUACUCAAUGAAGUCUGAUGUAUAUAGUUUUGGUGUCCUAAUAUUAGAGAUUAUAAGUGGGAAGAAGAAUAGUUCAUUCAGUUCACCAAGCAAUUCUGAGAACCUCUUGAGCUAUGCUUGGAAACAUUGGAGGGAUGGAACAUUUUUGGAGCUGUUGGAUCCGACUCUUAGAGACUCUUAUUUAAGAGAUGAAGUCAAGAGAUGUCUCCAUAUUGGCUUAGAAUGCAUUCAGGAAAGUCCAGCAGAAAGACCAACUAUGGCAUCGAUAGUUCUCAUGCUAAAUAGUUACUCUGUGAGUCUACCAUUGCCUCAACGGCCGGCAUUUUUCCUUCAUAGCAGAACAGAAACUAGCAUGCCGAUAAAGGAGCCUGGGUCAGAUCAAUCUACAAGCAAUGGAAUUCCAUCUUCUGUUAAUGAAGCUUCAAUAACCGAAUUAUACCCUCGAUAACGUGAUUAUUCAAUUUUUUACAUAAUGCAAGUAUCUAUUUGAGUGAAGAAACAAACCAAAAUGGAUCUGGAGUUUGAUAAAUCUUCAAGCCAAUCAAUAAGCAUAAAGUAGUUCCCGGGUCGGAUUAGGCAGGUUAAGGGAAACCUUUUCAACCAAACCACAAUUAACAAGUUGGAAACAU